UUAUAUUUUAUUAUCACCAAAAUCUGAAUUUUCACUUAAACAACAUACAAAUAAUGAUGAUCCGAAUAAUCCUUGGAAUUUAGCUCCUAGUUAUAAUCAAGUAAUUGAUAAUGAUGGAAAUAUAAACUCUAACCCAUUUAUGAUUCAAAUGCCUGAUAAAAAUACAAACAUGUUUAUAGAUAUUAGAACUUCUCUUUUUGCUAUAUAUUUAUUUUUAGCAGGUGAUUCAAGUGCAUUAUCCAAUUGGUCAUAUGCAGAUAAUCCAUCAAUUGCAAUAUUGAUUGUUUUAUUUUCCCUCUUGAUUGUUGUAUAUCUUAUGAACUUGUUAAUUGGAUUGCUCAAUAUUGCAAUUGAAGAAGAUAAUAAUAGAGUCUCAUAUUUGAUACAGAAGGCAGAAAUUUUGGCUGAGAUUGAGUUAUUUUACCUAUUACCACAUCAGAGACGUUGGCAGGCAUGGUUUCCUGAAGUAAUACAUUAUUAUGCUGAUACUGAUAAGACUCGGAUAGAAAUUGAAAGAUUAAUUAAAGAGGGUGAAUGUGAUACUAAGGAAUUUUCAGAGAUGCAGGAAAGUUUAUUAAAACAACUUCAAAUUAAACAUAAUCUUAAUGACAAUAGGGUAAUAUUGGAGAAAGUAAAAUCUAAUGAUGAGAAAUUAGAUAAGUUAGAGAAAUUAGAAGAGAAAUUAGAGAAAUUAGAUAAGUUAGAGAAAUUAGAAGAGAAAUUAGAGAAAUUAGAUAAGUUGGAAACAUUAGGAAAAUCUUAUUGUGAGAAAUCAGAGAAAUCAGAUAAGUUGGAAAUAUUAGGUAAGUUGGAAACAUUAGAAAAAUCUCAUUGUGAAAUAUUAGUUAAGUUGGAAAAAUUAUUAGAAAGAAAUGAUGCUAAAUAA